AGUGGUGGAAGAUCGCUGACCGUCUCCGAGUCUCCUAAAAAGGAGGCAACGAAAACAUGUCAUUCCAUUGCACCUGCCAAGUCAAACCGAGUGACUCUCUCUGCGGCUCAUGUGCUUUACAGUGGACUCCGAGUUUCUGUGUUUGUUUGUUUGUUUAUUUUUAUUUAUUUGUUUUUUUUUUAGCUCGUAGUUAGGCUGGCUGAGCAGAGAUCAGAGGCGGCGUUUAUAAAGAUAAAUGUUGUGACAUCAACAGCAACAGUCUUCAUGUCAUUUGGGGAACUGUCACGCUGAAAGGUUUUUUGGAUUAGUGAAUGGUGGCCGAAGCUUUCAUUGCAAUCCGGGAAACCGCCGCUGCAUUCGGUUCAGGCUCAUCAUGCCCACCCACAGGAGGCAGCCCAGCAUUGAAAUGCUGGAAAUGAUGGGAGUGGUAAAAGAAAAUGGAAACGAGAAUGGAAAUGAGACGUCCGUCCCUCCUGUGCACACUCCGCUGUCAUACGACUAUGUCCUGGUGGCCAAAACAAUUGAAGACCAGGAGAAAGAGGCUUACCAGAAGCAAGUUGAAUUCAUUGACGCACUGAAACAAAAGGACUUUAAAAUUACAAGAAUAAGAGACGAUAAUCUCGUCUUUUAUGGGAUCCAGGCGCCCAAGGAAAUAUUUGAGAAGUACAGGUAUCUCCUGAAAGUGUCUGAUGCGUGUAACUGGAGCGCCGACCAGAACGUGUUAUUUCUAAGUACCAGGAUAAGGAUCGUGCACUUUAUCUUAAAUCACACCCCCAUCAAAUCAGGAGAGGACCUGCGGGAUCUCAUGAAGACAAAAGUUUUCGAGACUCGAUUCUGUUUACAUGAGAAAAAGAGACAGAAAGAACUGAAGGAGAGUUGGGCACGAUGGACAGCCUGUCUCCAAGGGCAACCCAUAACUGCUGUCAGGAACUACUUUGGGGAGAAGGUGGCUUUGUACUUUCUGUGGUUGGGCUGGUACACAUAUCUCCUCCUGCCUCCAGCUAUCAUAGGGACCAUCGUCUUCCUCUAUGGCCUUGUCUUCUUCAGCUCCUCACCACUCAUAAAAGAGGUUUGUGAAGCCGACACAAUCAUGUGUCCACUUUGUGAGGGCUGUAGUGUGUGGCAGCUCUCAGACACCUGCAUGUACGCCAAGGUGAGCCAGCUGUUUGACAACAAUGGCACAGUUUUUUUUGCGAUGUUCAUGGCAGUGUGGGCAACACUGUUUUUGGCGUUCUGGAAGAGACACCGGGCUUCCUAUGUGUGCGAAUGGAAGGUAUCUGAUUGGUGUGAGGACGAGGAGGAACUGAUCCUGGAAAUUGUGAACAACUCCGACUGUCAUCCAAAACCGUUUAACCACUCCUAUCUGCGCAGCACUCUGGUUUUGAUCUGUGUCAUAGUUAUGAUACUGAUCAUCAUUGGCUUGACACAUGCCUUGGUUGUCUUCAGGGUUUUCAUGGCAGGGAUUUUGGCCAAGAAGUUGUCUGAUAGUGCGUCACGGACGCUCCUGAGUAGCCAGUCCAAUCCCGCAGCAAUGGUGCUGGGAGCUGUCUUCCAUUACCUCAUCAUCACCGUCAUGACACGGGUCAACAGGAUUGUUGCCUUGAAGCUCUGUGGAUUAGAGAAAACGAGGACAUUUGCUGCCACAGAGAAGAGUUUCACAGUCAAGAUGUUCACCUUCCAGUUCUUCACCUAUUUCUCCUCCCUCUUCUAUGUGGCUUUCUUUCUUGGCAGGAUAAAUGGCCAUCCCGGUAACUAUGUCCGGAUUGCAGGGGAAUAUAGGCUUGAGGAAUGUCACCCUAGCGGAUGCCUCACGGACCUGUUCAUCCAAAUGGCUAUCAUUAUGAUACUAAAGCAAACCAUCAACAACGUCCUGGAGCUCGCUGUCCCGUGGUUCUCCAUGUUUUUGAAGAAGAGAAGAGGCAAGAAGCUAGAGAGGAAAUGUGCCCACUGCUAUCUGAAAGAUGAAUCCGAGGACAAAAAGGUGUCGGAACUGUGUGAAAACUGCAAGCUUCGUGUCUGGCACAGAAACUACGAGCUCAACGAUGUCAACUCAUUCAGCCUGUUCACUGAGUUUCUGGAGAUGGUGAUCCAGUUCAGCUUUACCACCAUAUUUGUGGCAGCAUUUCCUCUUGCUCCUCUGCUGGCCUUGAUUAAUAAUAUCAUUGAGAUACGCUUGGACGCCAUUAAAAUGUUGACUCUGGAGCGCAGAAUGGUCCCCAAGAAGACCAAUGAUAUCGGCGUGUGGAUGGAGAUUUUGGAGGUCAUUGGCGUCUUAGCAGUCAUUGCAAAUGGGCUGGUCAUAGGCAUAUCCUCGGACUUCGUCCCCCGACUGGUGUACCGCUAUUACUACGGUCCAUGCGCUAACGCCACAGGGACGGACAUUGACUGCAUGGCUGGCUACAUCAACAACACUCUCUCCAUCACACGGAUAGAUGUCAAUAACAGCAUUUUUUCAGCUAAACAGAUGACAACUCGCACUGGCUUACAAGUCAGUCAAUGCAGCUAUAAAGACUACAGGAGCAGUGAGGACUACAGCUUGACCCCACAGUUCUGGCUCAUUUUAGCUGUGCGCUUUGCAUUUGUCAUCCUCUUCGAGCACGUCGUCGUCAUAUGUAAAUUUGUUGCAGCCUGGUUUGUGCCAAACGCUCCCUUGGAAGUGAAGAAUGACAGACUCACUGAUAAACUGAACAGACUAAAACAGGAGCUCAGGUCGUUUCAGAGCACUCGGUCGCCUUAAUGGGACACAUUUUACCCUGAGAACCUGAACCCAGUGUUGCCUUGUGCAUUAAAGUGUCCAGACUCACGGCGCUGGGUCAACUUCAAGGCUAUUAAUCAUCUGUCUGAACCAUUCAGAUGGUCCCCUUUUAUUGUUUUCGCAGUCAGGUGAAAAGUGUAAGCUAUCUGGAUUCUCAUCCAUAAAAAGGACUUUGAGGAGAAGCUGUGUUUUUCUUGGACUAAACCACUGUACAGUAACUGAUAUUGUUGAUCACAAAUUUCAUGAGAUUAUUCCCAUUCUAUAUUAAGAAUGCACUCAAAGCUUGGUGUUGGGUCUCUAUAUUUGUCGGCCAUAUGUGAGUGUUUUACCGAAAGCCUAAAGGUAAUUCAUACUUAAACUGCAAAUAGAAUUUUAAUUGUGUUACGACUUUGCCUUACAUUGUUAAAAAAAAAGUGCUGUGAUGAUUGUUGCUUUAUUGCAGACAGAAUUUGAUCGGACAAGAAUGUUUUGCAUUUUAAUAUUUUAUAUUGUUGAAUAAAUGAGGGAACUUUUCUCCUCAUGAAACAUG